UGUGCUCAAAUACGUAUAACUACACGAGAUGAAUGCAGCGAAGAGUUGGGUACCCGUAGAUUAAAGUUAAAUUAAUAGAAAAAUGGUGCUGGUAUUGCGUUUGUGUUUUGUGCUUAUCUUGGUUUGCCUUACAAAGUGCGAGGAUGCCCCACCGCAAGCAGCUCACCCCUCGGCCUCCGACCCUUCGGGGUUGCACAACGUCACCCACCAAACCGAAAAGAAGUUCAGCGAAACCGUCCUGUCUAUGCUGGACCAUUUCAAGCAACCGGACCCGGUGGGUCUACCAGGAGCGCCCAUACCCGACCCCAUGGACAUACCCAAUAUGAAACACUCGUUCUCGGUGGGCAAAAUGACUUUUUUUAACGUGAAACUCUACGGCUUGAAGAAUUUUCGCAUCGACCACAUAAACGCAGACCUGUCGGCUAUGAAAGUAGAAGCGGCUCUGACCAUCGAGAAGCUCGACGUCAUUGGGAAUUACACCUUAAGUGCUUUCUUCUCGAAGUCCAAGGGUCCGUUCACUGUAGUGUUGACGAAGGUGUACGUUGUCGCUAUCGCAAGUCUCGAGGUCGAGAGGAAAGGGCAGUUGGAGGCACAAGAGAUGGAUAUGGACAUCAAGUUCAAGGAUAUUUCCAUGGAUUUCAAGGGGUUGGGUUUCUUUGCCAACAUGUUUCAAGGUGUCAUGAACUCUGUCGGAACCUUCGUCUUCGACAGCAUAAAGCCCUUCGUCCUGAAGGAGGCCAACACUAACAUCCGAAACGACGUUAACAAAGAGGUGAAGAAGUUGCCGCAGAGGUUCCCCAACUCUAUAUCGCCUUUCGAUCAGCUGAUCGCGGAACUGAGACGGAAGGUGAGGGACAAGGGCUUCGAUCCUUACAAAGUGCAAGAUUACAACAGCAGCGCCGGCGUUUUCGACAUUUAUCUCACCCACACCUGGUUGUACGGCGUGGCCUCCUUCCACAGGACGAAGGACAUCAAAUUCGAACUUAGAAAUAAGACGGCGCAUAUGCUCGUCGAAGUCGGUACACAGAGAUUGAUGGGCACCACCAACUGGGAUAUUUCCUUCGUUGCUGGGAUGCUGUCCAGAGCUGGGACUGCGUCGUUUACGGUUGAAUACAUUAGGGUACAAGCGAACGCCAGUCAAAGCUUAGACACUAGUCAACAUCCUAACCUAGACGAUAUCCAGGUGGAAUUAGGCAAUAUCCAGGUCAGAUUCGACGGUCUGGGCACUGUGGAUUACGUCAUAGAAUUGGCCGUUAAUGUGAUUCCUAACCUUUUGCGAUACCAGAUAAUGGACGCUUUGGAGAAGCCCAUAAGAUUAAAAAUCCAGGAAGCCUUAGAUCAGGUAAACGUGGAGAGAAUCAUCAAGGAGAACGCUAAGAAAUUGGACAGUGGGAAGGGGUUAGAAGGUCUAGAGUUCCUUUAAUUAUUUUAAAAUGUGAAGAAAUGGAUUGGUAAUGAUAUUUAUUUUUCAAAUACAUAUUCAGCCACAAUCUCUUAACACCUAUUUAUAAAGUGCGAUGAAUAAAUAAUAAACAGGUUUUUUAAAUUUA